GCAACCGGAACAGCUCCGGCUCCAUGCCUCUGUCGGCCGUGUGCCCCGCGCUGUGGGAAGCUGGGGUGUUUGCUCGCCCCGUCUCUUACGGUCUUUUUUCUGAGUGGAGCAUGGCUCCUGUCCAGCGACAGCAGUUGAUCUGACAGCCUAGGCCGCUAAGUGUGAAGAUUGUUUAACUUGAUUACUUGCAGGUGAUAGCUCCUCAUCAUGGCUGAACUAUCACCUGAAGAAAUUCAGCUGAGGGCCAACCAGGUCACUGAUGAGUCUUUGGAAAGCACGAGGAGAAUUCUUGGCUUGGCCAUUGAGUCCCAUGAUGUUGGCAUCAAGACUAUCACCAUGCUGGAUGAACAAGGAGAACAGUUAAAUCGCAUAGAAGAAGGCAUGGACCAGAUAAAUAAGGAUGUGAGAGAAGCUGAGAAGACGCUGACAGAGCUCAACAAAUGUUGUGGACUCUGUGUCUGUCCUUGUAACAGGACAAAGAACUUUGAGUCUACCAAAGCAUACAGAGCAACCUGGGGAGAUGGAACGGAGAACUCAGCAGAUCAUGUGAUAUCCAUGCAACCAAGAAGCAUGAAUCAGCAGCAGACACAGAAUUCUAGAGGACCAAGUGGUGGAUACAUUACAAGGAUAACAAAUGAUGCCAGAGAAGACGAAAUGGAUGAAAAUCUUGCUCAAGUAGGAAACAUUCUUGGGAAUUUAAAAAAUAUGGCUUUGGAUAUGGGCAAUGAGAUUGAUGCACAGAAUAAGCAAAUAGACCGGAUAAAUGUAAAGGCAGAUACAAAUAGAGAUCGUAUUGAGCAAGCCAACAUCAGAGCGAAGAAACUCAUUAACAAUUAGAACCUAUUGUAGUUGUUCAGUGACACUGUCUCUCCAUCUUCAAGCCACCAUUUUCAGCGAUCUGUGAAACUUCUCUACUCUGAAAUGAGAGGGGGCUGGGAAAAAAUGAAACAUACCUUUUCUAUAGGGAUUUUUUUUUAAUUCAUGUAAACAUGAUUUUUGACUCCAAGAAAGUAGUCAACAUAACUUCCUUCUACUCAUUUGCCUUCACUUUCUUAAACUGCUCAGGGCUGGAAGUGUCAUGGCUUUGAGAACCUUCUUGCAUGUUUUACUCCCCCUCCCAGUCUCUUUUCUUGCAUCCAAAAUACAAUUCAUUACUGAAGUUGAAUAAGCAGGGUAACGUGAAUUCACAGUUGUGGAAAGCUGGAGAGGGCACUUUGCACUGUUUGAAAUACCUCAUAAGUUGAGUGUCUUCAAUGAAAUAGGGAUUUGGUGAGUAUUGCUUGACCUGUAUCUUUAAGCAUGCUAACCAUGGUUUUACAGUUCAAACCACAACUGGUUUGGGGUUGGGCUUAUGGACUACAGAAUUCAAGUAGCCCAGUAACUACUACUUCUGGGUUGAGGGCUUUAAAAACACUUCUUAAACACACAAACUUUACAUUAAAGCUAACUGGAGGGGUAUACAGAUUUCCAUUUCUUUACUGUAAAUUCACAUUUGGAGGUUAUGACUAGGAAAUGAUCUGUUUUUCUAGUAAUGUUUGUGGUAUGUGUUGAUAUAGCUGAUCUAAAACUUAUGUGCAUGUGAGUAGAUCACAAAACAAAACAAAAAAAUUCCAGAAGUAUUUAUUUGACAGAAAACUGUGUCCACCAUCUGAAAGUUAGCUUUGAAGUGUUUAAUGCAUGUUAACUGGAAGGAUCUGAAUAGAAACAGAAUAGAAAAGCAUGCAGCUUUCUGACAUCCCAUACUGUAUUCUGUUUUGGCUAGUUGUUGCUGAAGUUCAGUUUGGGCCUUUCUCCAUUGAAAUAGAAUGACUGAGAUUGAGUAUGGUUUGCCCUCAGCAGUGACUUUAGGGGAGCUUGUUAAAAUCACCAAAAGCAAAGAUCUUGUUAUGAUACUACUUUGUCACGGGUCUGGAAGAAGUAGUAGUACACAUAUGUAGGAUCUGUUUGCUAGUUCCAAAUAAACUAGUUCUGAAUAGAUUCUUGACUAGCUUAUUAUUUCAGGCCUUGGGACUGGCAGCUGGAAAUACUCAAUCUCAGUUGCUUAAAACUAAAAAGUUUCUAUUCUGCUGCAGAAUAGAAGACCAGCUGAGUGGAGGUACAGCUGUCCUCUUUGGAAGAGAAAAAGCAUUUUGGUUUGACUAUGAUAUACCCAGAUUUAUUCCCAGGGCUUUUGACAGUCCACAGGUAUCUUAUAACCAUUAAUAGUAAAUCCUCAGGCUAAAGAGAUUACGGUAAUCUGCUGAAAUGAAAGAUGAAUGAUGUAACAUGUUUGGUUUCCAGUAGAAAUACAAUUUGUGUAUAGUAUAUUAACUAGUAUAUUCUCAGUUUGCUCCCAGUACAACCUGAUAUUAAACAAAAAUCAAAGAAAACUAACCAAAGGAUGGAGCUGCUGCAUGUGGUAAAUUGGCCAGUGAUAGAUGGUUUUAUGUAAGACACCAUCAUUUUUAUGGGGUCUGGUUACUUAAAUGCUAGGUAUUGGCUUCUGACAGUUCUUAGAAAGAUAAUGAAUUAUAAAAGCUCCUAUUGGUAAUGCUUAAAAACACAAGUAGCAAAAAUGUAGUUAUUAUAAAUUUAUUAUAUGAUAUUCUUAUAACUUUUUGUGUGGGAAAGCACCAGGGAUUAGAAUUUGUGAUACUUUGGGGUGGUCAUCUUGUUUUCCUUCCUACAAACUUCAGGUUAACUGAAGGAAUAUUUACUGCUGAUCAUGAAAGCAAAGCAUGCGUUACUUGUGAUCAUCACCUGGAACAGAAAACUAAAGCAGUUACUUUAUUGUACUUAGAGCAAGGCUGCUCUGUAGCAUCUUGAAAUGAUUUUUUUUUUCCUUGCUAUUACAAGUCCAUGUUCUUGAUCUUCCCUGAGCUCUAACCGCAAAUUGGAUGAGAGAAUGUUGUGAUUGGUACACAGAAUCUUAAUACUGCAAUGAAUAUCACACAAAAUAAUUUCAGAGAUUCUAAGCUUGAGUAUUAUGUAAGUAUCAAUAUUUUCUGAUGCAGCAAGAGCCAAACUUGUCAGGGAGCUGGUGCUUUAAUGUAAAUGAACAAUGCAGUCUGCUUCUUGAAUCAUCUUACUGUUCUCUGUAGAAUAGAUGCUUACUUUCCGUGUUUGUGGGAUGUAAUCAAAACUUGUACAUCUUUAUAUUUCUGAAUACUAUUAAGAAUGAAGGUUUACAGUUUCUGCUUUUGAUUGUUAAACUGCAUAUUGUGCACAAAAUACAUACUUUUAUAACUGAAUGUGUUUUGGAACUAUUUUGUCUUAGUUAGAAAUGUCUUUGUUUAGUUUCCUGUCCUUGAAAAACUUGGCAGAACUAGUUGCUGCUGUUACGCAGGUAGGAAGUUUCCCUUCUAUUUUUAUUUCACAGAAACCCUGAUGCUAACACAGGAAGGGAGGUGGCUGGAAAGAGAGGAAAAGACAGAUUUUUUUUUUUAACAAUUCCGUUUCCAUUCUUGCAUAAUCAACAAUAUCACCUAAUGUCAAUCUAUCAGAUGUGUCCAUCUUUUUGAAGGGACUGAUAAGAAAUGAGACUCAUCUUCAAGAUGAUGAAGUACUAGUAACAGACAUCAAGCAAGGAUCCAGUAGAUGAAAUACGGAGACUUCAAGUGCAUUGCCAGAAAGUUAAAAGCUCUUAAAAAUAGUAUUUUCUCUGGUAUUGUAACAUCAGAUUGGCAGAAUGCAGUUAAGGAUGGAGGGAUUACAGACUUGAAAUGGUUCUGAGCUGCAAGAAAGAAUAGUGGUAUCCGGAAAUGGCUUGGAAGAAUCACUUCUCAUAUAAAGUGGGGCUGCCUAGUAUAUUUUUACUAAGAGCUAGGUUAAAAAUAAAUUUUUAAGAAUUGGACAAAUGGAGUAUAUAAUUAUUCUGAAUGUGUUGUAGAUGUCCUUUAGGCAUGUUUAUACAGUAAUUCAUGGUAUGCUAUAAAAUUUGAGCUAGCCUAUGUCUUGGUGAAAAGUGAGGAAGUUUUUUAACAGACAGUAACUAGCUAUAUAUGAGCUGUAGUACAUAUUGCUUGUGCAGUAGCUUGCAAAAUUCCCUCCUUUGUAAAGGCUUUGCUGUGGAAAAAAUUUGCUUAUUUGCCUUUGCUCUUGAAGUAACAGUACUUUACCUAAAUACUAACUGAAUAAACAGAUGAAAACUGUAUAUUUAUGCAGUUUAAAAAAAAAUUGGAAAGCAAAUGAAAUAAUAUGAAAUAUAAUACCCUAGUUAACAAUCAGUUCAUUUAACUUUUUCUAACUCAGUAACGAAGUAAAAUGAUGUGAGAAAAUAAAAUCCUUUUGCAUAAGGGGUGAGGAGAAAGGGAAACAGAUAUUGCUGAUGUAAAACUACUGAUAAAGUGCAGUGAUGAAAUGUCACUUAACAGAAUGCCAUUCCUUACUUGAACACAUUUAUUACUGUGACCUAGAACAUGAAAUUUUUUUUCUUGAAACAAAUCCCCUUCUAUUUGAUACAGAUUGUAUAGCCCAAGACUAAUUAGGCAGUGUUCUGUAUUUUUCAUGGUGUCUUCCCUUUGCUUGAUGAAACUUCUGGUAGGUGCUGUAAUGCCAAGGUAGCAGAAGAGCCUAGCCAUGAGUAACUGAAAGGUUUCUAAAUGCACUGGCAAUCACAUAAACGUUUCCAAAUAUUUCUAAAACCACUGAGAUUAUUUUAUGGCAGUACCAACUGUCACUUUUUCAAAUAUUCUGCUGCUCUUCUGUUUCCUAAUACCUAUUACUUUCUGUUCUUGCAUACAUAUCUUUGAAUAGACUAAGAAUGCUGAUAAACAACACUUAAGCUUAAGAGGAGCAACAUGCCUGAGCACAAGUAUUUUCAGUUAAAAAAAAAAAAAAA